GAAAGAUUUAAAAAGAUGCUCCGCCGCCCACCGACAACCAUCCAAAUCACAGCCGAGGACAUUGCCGCCUACGAGGACCGGCGCGCCAGCGAAGCGCUUCACGCGGCUCAACAGGCGCGCGCUGCGGAAGUUGCUGCGAGGGCUGCUUCUGCUUCUGCUUCUGCGGGUGCUGGUUCCGAGGCCACGGGGUCGAACGCCGGAGAGGCGGCGACGCGGCAGACGACGGCGGCGAUGGGGGGGCUUGGACUGGGCGCGCAGGCGAUGGAGGGGGUGCUGGAUGAUGGGGAGGGGAGGGCGAGGAGGACGAGGGAGGAGAGGAAUGAGAGGAUUGGGGUUGGGAGGAGGGCGAGGUGAUGAUGUGGAUGUGAUUUGGGGGGAAACUGUUUGUGGUUUGCAAUAUUCAUUCUUAUGGGCUUUUAAUCUUGGCGAAACGGAUGAGAUGAAGGAAUUCUGGUAUUAUAUUUUGUUGUGGUAUCAACCUGUUCUAGCCAGCCGUGAUCCUGAUUCAAUGCGUAUGUCUCCAGUUGCAAACACGCUCUCCCCCCCCAUACAUGUCAAUGGGUAAUUACGAGUAAUAGUAGUAGUAAUAGUAGGUAAAAAGUAACAGUAGCACCGGCAAGCCUUCCAUAUACAGAAAAGAAGAAAGAAAAAACAAAAAAAAAACAGCUACUAAAUUCACUCCCAG